AUGUGUCCCAGGUGUGACUGUUGCAGCGAACACGUAGAUAAAUUGAAACAACAGGUUUCUGUCAUGCGAAAGGAAAUCAAGAAUCUUCGACAAAUGCUGGAGACUGCAACCCGAACUCAUCGAAAACAUAUGCUUUCAAUUGAGUCCGCCUUGUCCAAAGUUUCUUUCAGCGAGCCUAAAGAAUGCCAACGUCCACCUGCUUCACCCGAGACCGCUUUAGAGCAUGGAAAAAUCCAAACAUUGCCGAUUGGUUACAUCCAUUCCUGUUUCUCCGAGAAGAACGGGACGCCCAGGCAACCUACCGUCUGCGGACAGUCAAGGGCGGAACUGCGACUGAAGCAGAGUGUCUUCAAUAACCCCGAACAUGCCCUGAUAGGACUAGAACAGUUUUCUCAUAUCUGGGUUAUCUUCUUAUUCCACAAAAAUGGCCACUUGAGUCACAAAGCCAAAGUGAAGCCCCCCAGACUCAACGGCGAGAGGGUCGGUCUUUACUCGACUCGCAGUCCGCACCGGCCUAACGCUUUGGGCCUGACGCUAGCAAAGCUGGACAAAAUUGUAGGUGAUACAAUACAUCUGUCAGACAUUGACAUGAUUGCAGGCACCCCUGUGCUGGAUAUCAAACCCUACAUCUCUGACUAUGACUCCCCUUGCAGUAGGAAGACCACCGACUUGGAGCCUUGUCAAUCAAUCACAGAUCCCGCCUCUUUGUCACCUAGCGAACCAAUACAAGCGCAGUUAUACGAAAAAGAGCAUCAAUUUGAUGUUAAUCCUAACCCACUGCAGUCUCUCGCCAUGUUGGAGGAGGUGAAAUCCUACAUAAGCCAACGUGACAUUGGUCAAUCGAAUUCGCACCAAAAGCACGACUCAGUAGAUCCGCAGGAGUCCGAGCUUGAUCGGCGGCCUUGUUACACGGAAGAAUCCUACAGUACCAUCGCUAGCUGGAUCAGAGAGCCGCCAGUCGCCAGCCUGGAGGUGCGUUUCACUCCUCAUGCUCAGAAGGAGUUGGCGGAAUUCCUUCCAAUCAGCAAGUCAGGCCCCUCUGACGGCAGGGGCCCGAGGUUUAGAUUUCUGCGCAACUUAGACGAAGCCACCGCCGCCAUCCGAGGAGUGCUGUCUGCAGACCCGAGAUCGGUCUACAGGAGAACUCGAUGUAAAGACAAGCUGUUCUUCUUCACCUUAGACACCGCCGACAUAACGUGCUGGUUCGGACCAGAUUUUGCUGAGGUGCUGCGAAUUCGACCUGUUGAGUCCAAGUAG